UUUACAGCAGCCCUUACACAGAGAAGCUUUGUACUGAGUGUAACAGACCCUGACAUCUGAAUCCACUUUGCUCCCAGUGUGCCAUGGUAUCGGGUAGCUCUAGCCAUCUUCUGGUUACCACAGGGUGAAACUCGGAGCGAUAUCUAAAUUCUGCCCAGCAGAAACCAUUCCUCCGCACUUCGUCCCUGUAGAGGCUGAUCGCAAGAAGCAAUCCCGAAGAAGCCACAGAGGUCUGGGAUGCUGCCGGGGCGGAAGAAGCACUUCAGCACCAUGGCCAGCACCAGGCGCCUGCCCGCCCGCGGCGCUCGGCGGUGAAGGCGGCGGCCGCAGCGACACCCAGGGGACCAAGAAAUGUUCAGGAGGGGAUUUCCAGCUCGAUGAUUAUGUUCUUUUAUGGAGACCAGUCAAAGGAAAGGUCAAAGCAUGACCUUUGACCUCCUGUGCUGUUUUUUAAUCCGAGGAAAGGACAGAGAUUUUUCACUGGUGCAAAUGGAGUAGAAAAUGCGCUUCUGCUCCAUGGUCACGCUCUUCAUAAUGCGUUAGACUGAAGGCAACAGAAGCAAUAAUAGAUGUUUUUUGUCUUCAUUACAGUAAGUUGCAAAUCUCUUUGCCAGCUGAGGGCAAGGGUUGCAGCUACUGGUUACUAGAUUUUGGACUAAAUUAAGAAGCAAAAAGAGAAAAGUGUAACGAGGACAAAGGAACACAUUAUGUUCAAAAAGAUCCAUUCGAUAUUUCACCCCAACUCCCACCGAAGAAAUGCAACAGAUGACAUUCCUUACUGGGAUGGCACAUGUUCUGCUGUCAGAUUGAUCCGCAGCACCUCUAUGUAUGUCCUUGGAGAUGAGCAGGAAAAAGUUAGUGAACCAUUAAAAAAAUGCAAAAGUACAAACAGCAUUGACUCCUGCAGCCAGUCAAAAGAGGAAGACAGGGAAUGGAUGUUCUCUAAGACUCAGGACUGUUUGAAGUACUUACAGGAUUUGUUAGCCUUGAGGAAAAAAUAUCUUGACAACAUCAAUAAGUUGAAAUCCAUGCAUAUGACUGCAGAUUCCCCAACAUCCACAAAAUCAUCCAAAACUGGAAAGAAGUCAUUUCUUCCACUUCCGUCCAAAGAGUUUUCUAAGGUAAUUCCUAAGAACUUUUCACAGCCCAGUUCGGAUGUAAGAGAAGCAAUAGCGUUCUUUGACUCGGUUAUUGCAGAUCUGGAUUCAGAGAGAUGGCGGAGAGCUCCUGACAUGGACCUGCCAAAUGUGGAUGUUGAUUUUGACGUGGCUACCAGCACAAGUGAACACAGUUUACAUUCAAACUGGAUCCUUCGUGCUCCUCGCAGGUAUUCAGAAGAUACUGCCCAAACAGCAAAGGCUGCAAACCAGUCACAAAAAAACAGCCAACGAAGAACCACUGGCUCUAGGAAGAGGUUGGAAAGACAUCCCAUGUACUUGCCCAAAGCUGUAGAAGGAGCAUAUAACACAUUAAAAUUUAAGCCCAAAACACGGAAGAAAGAAUAUUGAAAAAAUAUUCCAUCUUCAGCUGAAGACAGAACAUUUGAAAUAGGGCAUGGAAGACUUGAUGCUCUUUGGUUUUUU